GAUGCCUACGAGCUGCGUCGACUUGCACGCCGUUUCAAAAAAUUGGAUAUUGAUGGUUCAGGGUCGUUAUCAGUUGAGGAAUUCAUGUCGUUGCCAGAAUUACAACAAAAUCCACUUGUUCAAAGAGUUAUUGAUAUAUUUGAUGAAGAUGGAAAUGGAGAAGUAGAUUUCCGAGAAUUUAUCCAAGGUAUCUCACAAUUCAGUGUUAAAGGUGACAAAAAUGUCAAACUGAAGUGUAAAGUCAUUGAAUUUUCUUCAAAUUAUUAUAGCGACCUUCUAACUAAAGUCAUCCCAAAACCUGAAAGUAUAAAUAGAGGGAAUGAGAAAUUUGCUCCGAAAACGCAAUGCCUCUUUGACUCGUCACCCACGACCUGCGACCUUUAUCUGGGCUUCCUCCCGAGAGGUUUUGUUCUGCCAGAGAAAGAGGCGAUCGUCUCAAGACAAGGUGAACGGCGUCAGUGGUCCCGCUCCUGUUUGUUCGAUUCUCUGUAUCUCACAUUCAUGUGA